ACUGAUGUGUUUUAUUGACUACACGUUUUUAUUUCUGCUUUAUUUAUCUUAAUUAACACCAGAAACUAAAAUAAUCCAGUGUUUGUCUAAAAAUGGAGCGGAUUUACUAAUCUGUUAAUUAGAUUACUGUUCUUGCCUUAGUGCCUCCUGUGUCAUCAUGCACACAGACCAGCCCCUCGACACUCAAACACACCACCUGAACUGCUCUCACAUUGUACUUUUAUUAAGUAUGAGUUGAUCAGACAGUUGAAUGUGAAGUUGGUGUUGAAUGCGACCCAGGAUGGCUGUUCUGACAUUGCCUUUGGUUACUUUUCUCUGCUGGAUGAGCCUUGGUAGUGUAAGUGCAAAUGAGAAGAUUUACUCAGAAAACAUCACUCGCAUUUUGGAUCGACUUUUGGAUGGCUAUGACAACAGACUGCGUCCUGGAUCUGGAGGUGGUUUAACAGAGGUGAAGACAGACAUCUUUGUCACCAGCUUCGGGCCUGUUUCAGAUGUUGACAUGGAGUACACGAUGGACAUGUUCUUCCGCCAGAUGUGGGUUGAUGAGCGUUUGAAGUUCGAGGGCCCCUAUGAGAUCCUGCGGCUGAACAAUCGCAUGGUGGACAAGAUCUGGACUCCUGAUACUUUUUUCAGAAACUCCAAAAAGUCCAUUUCCCAUAACAUGACCACACCGAACAAGCUCUUCCGCAUCAUGCAGAAUGGGACUGUCCUCUACACAAUGAGACUGACAAUCAGCGCGGAGUGUCCGAUGAGUCUGAUCAACUUCCCCAUGGACGGCCACGCCUGUCCUCUAAGAUUUGGGAGCUAUGCCUACACGAGGAGUGAGAUAAUUUUCACCUGGAAGAAGGGGCCAGUAGCAUCUGUCGAUUGUCCCAAAGAGUCCAUGAGUCUUCUGCAGUACGACCUUGUGGGACAGACUUUGUCCAGUGAGAUAUUCAAAUCAAAUACAGGUCACUACUCUGUGCAGGUGAUCCAUUUCCACCUCCAGAGGAAGCUCGGUUACUACCUCAUACAGACCUACAUCCCCCUCAUAAUGGUUGUUGUGUUGUCACAAGUCUCUUUUUGGAUUAACAAGGAGUCCGUCCCGGCACGUACAGUGGCUGGCAUCACCACAGUGCUGACCAUGACCACCUUGAGCAUUAGCGCCCGUCAGUCACUUCCCAAAGUGGCCUACGCCACCGCCAUGGAUUGGUUCAUUGCUGUGUGCUUUGCCUUCGUGGCAUCGGCUCUGGUGGAGUUUGCGGCAGUAAACUACUUUGCCACGCUGCAGGCCAAUCGUCUGAAGAGACGAAAAGCCAGACAAGACAAGCUGGAGGUGUUGGCGACCGGCAGCGACGAUGACGACACAGUUUCUUCGGACAGCAGCCCUCGGGAAGGCCUGAAGAGGAGAAACCACUCAGUGUGCCGCAGUGAGCCGGGAGAAGCUCCGCCAGUGCCCAUCUUUCUCCAGCAGGGCUCAGCUUUUCCUCAGAUCCCGCAGUUGGCCGGCACCAGCCCCAUCGACAAGCACGCCCGUAUCCUCUUCCCCCUGACAUUCGCCCUCUUCAACCUCGUCUACUGGUUCAUCUACCUGGGCCAAGACAACAUGGAGAGUGCCAGAGACAUGGAUCUUAAAAACUGAGAGGUACUGGAAAAGGGCACGUGCAGCCGGAGAGACCUUCAGCAUCCAGCCAGCCUCACCUCACCCUCAUCACCACCCCCUCUCUCUCUCCCCCCUUUCUGUGUGUGUGAACAAUCUCUCAGCAUUCACUCUGCUCUCGUCUGACAGAGGAAAUGAAUCAGAAACUCAUUUAUUCUCCUGCCGCACAUCUAUUCAUUUCACAGGCUGUGACCACUGCCCACUUGUGUUCUGAUCAGUAGCUGAAGAGCUGCCCUUCACGGGCCUCAAUCACUUUAAACAUGUACUGUACACACAACUACUUCUCAGGGCCCUGGACCGAGACAGACAUCACACACAUACAAGUAUGCGUGACACACACACACACACACACACACACACACACACACACACACACACACACACACACACACACACACACACACACACCAAGAAACACAUCAAAUAGAAGUGGAUGAUAUAAUCUAUGAUGGCUGUAACUGGUGGUGAUGCAACAGUGAACCAAUGCUUCCAGAAGCCUGCCCUCUACAGAAGUGCAGCUCCCACUACAACAAGAUCAAAAGCAAUGUAGAGGCGGCUUGCAUCCCGCCUUUCGGCUUCAAAUAACGUACACUCCAACCUGAGGAAAAUGAGUUGUGGGAUGGUGUUUUUCCAUCCCACCUUUGUGCAGGGGCGCUCUGAUGCUGCCUUUUGCAUUUUCACAUCUGCUGCAUGCAUACACAUUACGGGGAAGAGUGGGAUAUAAAACCUCUGACUGAGUGCUGCUGACAUUAACGUUCUAUUUUUGUAUGGAUGACACAUGGCUGUUUGGCUCAGAUGUUUGCAUAUGAAGUGUUGGAUGGAGGGUCGUUCUCUUUUUAGCCACUUAACAUGUCUGAUAGCAUGAACACAAAGGGAAUAAAGUUGUUUUAAACUUGA